AUGAUAAAUAUAAUUCAAUAUCCUCAAGACACUCAUUUUGUUAAACCUCUUUUUCUAAUAGGUGUAGGAAUUACUAUUCAUGAGGUACAUAAUGAAGUUUGAGACAAUAUUAGAUUAUUUCAUAUCCAUUAGACAGAAUUGUAACUAGGAUGAUUGCAAAAAGUCCAUAUUAAAUUUAAUCAUUUUCUGAAUAAUUAAAACAAAUUAAGUUAGCUGAAUCCUUUAAAGGAUUGUAUAAAGGAUUUCGGACUUCAUUUGAUAGAUCAAUAAUUUAGAAUCUAUCAUUUUAUUUUUGUUUCUAAUACUUCUUUUUGAGAUAUGGAUUGGAAUUCAAUAGUGGAACAAGAAUAGAAGUAAAUGAUUAGCCAUAUUUAAAAUAUUGCGAAAAUGCAAAAUUUCAUGGGAUAGCAUUUGGAUCAGCAAUAUUAUCAACUGUAUUUUCACAACCUAGCAAUGUAGUUAAUCUAAAAUUAUAAUGUGAAUAAUUAGGAUUACCACCUAAGAAAUAUUGGGAUAAUAUGAAGCAUCUAGAAGAAAUUAUGGAUUAUCAUAACAAAAAAUUCAAAAUUGCCUUUACUCCUGGAUUCAAAAGCAAAGUUUUGUUAAUCUAUUGUUAAUUUGUUGCCGAAAUCACAAUCUUCUAAGAAUUCCUAUAUUAGCAAGGAUAUUUAUUCAUGAAUAAAAGCGUGUUCAGAGAUGGUUAAUAAAAAAAUAGUCAUUUUAUUGGAGCAUUAGGAACUAGUAUAUUAGUGCCAAUAGUGUUCCAUCCUUUGAACUUUUUGUAAAAGAGAUAUAUGAUGAGAAAAUUAUAAAAUAUGAAACUAUUGACACCUCAGGAGAUGUUAAAAUAAGUAUGAUUAUUUUGAAAUAUCCAAAGGACAUAUCGAAGUUUUCUAAUUUGUAUUGUGGAUUAGGAACAGAAGUCUUUAGGUAUAGCACAAGAAGUAUGUUGAUAUUCUAUUUGAUAUGGAACUCUGCUAAUUAAACAACAAAGUAUUGAUUGUGGUUUAUAGUAUGUAUGAGAUAUAAUAUUAAGCUAAUUUUUACAAAAUUAAUAUAUUUAAUAUAAAGAGGAAUUGAUUGAAGUAGAAUAUUUAGAUCUUAAGAUUGGGGAGUAUGUGUUUUUAAUAAAAAGUGAAUUCUAAUAAAAUUUAAUUGAUCCCUAUUGUUCAGGAUUAAUAGUAUCAAAAAUAGGAAUUAAUCAGCUAAAUAUCCUAAAAGUUUAAUUCAUUUUGAUGGUGAAAGAGUUAUAGAAACAUAAACUAUUGUGGUUGAUGUAUGAAAUAACAAUUUAGAUUGGGAUGGAAACAAUAGAUGCUAUAGAUCAGGUGA